ACACAAUUACAGGAUCAGAUUUCCAGAUUGAAACAAAAUCUGACCUCAAAGAGGCUAGAACCGACAUUUCCAGGGGAUCAAACAUCAUCAACGCUAUCAAGGACCUUGCAGAUAUGCUAGAAGAUACAACCAAAUCAAUGGCAGCUGUUCAAGCUACGGAGCUUGCAAAAGAACACCUUUUGGAAAAGGAGUGAAUCUUUCAAGGAGGAACUCGAGUCUCUGAGGUUAGAUAAGAACAAAACCUCCAUGGAAAUUAGCCAAAUGCGUAGUGAAUUGGAUGCAAAAUUACUUGAAUUCAAACACUUGCAGAUGAAGUUGAAUGGUCGGGACAGCCAUGGAACAUCUAAAAGAAGUUAACAAAGCUCUGGAGAAUGAAAACAACGCGCUUAAGAAGAGAGCAGGAAACCAACCAGUAGCAAAGUAUUACCAGACGCCAUUCGAGUCUCUGAGUAGGCAUCCUAGUGUGGACAAGAAGCCUGAAAUCUUUCCUGGGAAAAAAGAAAUGGAGCAACCCUUGCAGAGGUUGGAAACAUAUUUGAAGGAAACACGACGAGAAAGGGAUAAGGCACGACAAGAACUAAAACGGCUCAAACAACACUUGCUAGAAAAGUCUUUUGCGGAUCUAUGGGUUGAUUUCUUACUCAAAGACGCAGAAGAGCGGGAGAGAAGAGAAGAAGGAGAAGCAGCAGCGACUAAAGCCAAGCAAGAUUCCGAGAAGACAAGACAAGACGCGGCUUUGUCUGAUUCAGAGUUCUCGACAGUGCCCCUCAGAUCAUUCGAUAGUAAUCAAAGGCUCUCGAGACCACACUUCCUUAAAAAGAAGAGACACGGCCUCACCGCUCGUUCUUGCUCAACUUCCUUUUCGAAAAAGGUUUCCAGAUCUAAGCGUAAUGGGGAUGUCGGAUAUAUCGAGUUUUUUAAAUAUCCUCAUGAUGAGCUGAUGGAGGAUCCAGGAACGAUAGGAUCAUCCGAAGGAGCAAGUUCGAAAUUUGUUCCAGAAUCUGGCAAAAGCUGGGACAGUGUUAGUCCUGAGUCUAGCUGGAUAGAUAUCGGAGAACAAUAAGCAGAGACUACGACCCAAGGAGGUUCUAUUUACUGUAGAUAUACAAAAAAUAAUUGGAUAUACUCAUCAAAUCUGAUAUGAUUCAGGUUCUCGAUAAUUCUGGAUACUAUUCUGAGAUUAGUCCUCUGUGCACAUAAAUUCACAUUCUUUAU